CUGACUGGUGGGGGACAUUAGAGCUGCUCUUGAUCCUCCUAUUUCUCACCAGCGUUUCCCUGACUUCUCUCCAUCAGUGAACUUCAUGACUCCACACGCUGCAGAGAAAGAUACCUAUGGAUCUGUUUUAUUUCCCAAUGACGGACUUUAGAAGCUGAACAGACUCUUUAUUCCCUAAACCGAGACAUCCGUAAAUAGACUCAAAAAUACAUUUCCCACUUAUUUUUUUUUAAUCCUGACUCUUGGAUUGUUUGUGAUCCCUGACUUUCCUUCUGUCUGUAUAUGUUAACCCAGGGAGAUUAAUAGCCUCAGGGAGGUUUGCUGUUCGGGAGGUGCGAUGAAGGUGCUCUACUGGACCGUCGCGAUCCUCGGCCAGUGGAUUCUGCGAAAGGUGCAAGGACUGGAGAAACAAGUGACCAAGUCCUUGGAUUACCUGGAAUUAGGGCCAGCCGGCUCCAUGAUGAAAACCAUUCCCUAUGGUAUGGGCAGAGUGGGGGAAGAGGAAAGGGUAAAACCCAUGGGAGUGAAGCCACCGUACCAGACAUCUGGAAUUUUCUCCACUAUGGACAGCACCCCCUUGAAGUCCAAACCCCCCAGCUACAGCUUUCUGAACCCAUAUGACUUGGCCCGGAACCAGUCGCUCCACUUGGACCAGACAGGCUAUCGCUCCAAGCGCAAACCUUUACUGAAGACAGGCAUGAAAUCCAAGAAGAUCUUUGGCUGGGGGGACUUCUACUUAAACAUCAAGACAAUGAAGUUCAGUCUUAUAGUGACGGGCAAGAUAGUGGAUCACGUCAACGGCACAUUCGGCGUCUAUUUCCGCCACAACUCCUCCAGCUUGGCCAAUGUGUCCAUCAGCAUUGUCCCGCCCUCAAAAGUGGUGGAGUUUGACGUGCUCCACCAGCAGCAGCUCCAUCCCGAUCUCCAGCUCCAGCAGCAGCAGCAAUCCACCAUUGACCCCAAAGAGAUAAAGACCUUCAACUGCCGGGUGGAACACCAAAAGACCGACCACAAAGUAAAACCCAAGCCUUGCCUAUACAACCCUUCUGAGAACUGCUACACAGAACAUACAGAGUCGCAGGCAACCUGGGUGUGUGCCAAACCUUUCAAGGUCAUCUGCAUCUUCAUCUCCUUCUGCGGUAAAGAUUACAAGCUGGUACAGAAGGUAUGUCCGGACUACAACUUCCAGAAUGACCACCCCUACUUUGGAUGAAGGCUGAUGGGUAAGAGAGGCUGGCAUAAACAAAAGGAGCUGUGUAGUUUUCUCACCUCUCUACAAUUACGUGGGAUAAUAAAAAAAGGUCAAGAGCUACAAAGGCAACAUUUCAAAUGAUUUCUAAAAUGACUCAGUUAUUUGUAUUGCUUUCAUUUGGAUUAUUUUCUGUACAUCAACUCAGCUUUUAGAAGUCAUUCAUUAAUAUUGUUGAUAUUUGAGGAAUCUGAAGAGGCAUUAAAAUGGAAUCAAACUUAACUGUAGCCUCUCACCUUGGAAAUCAUUUUUUUUAAUUAAGAAAUAUAAUACCAUGUGUGGCAUUAAUUAAAAUAGUGAGAAGUGUUUUGGUUUAGUGAUUUUCACCAUCCUUGUUUCACUCUUGAGUUCCAGAAAGGAGCGGCGAGAGACUAUGACAACUUACAGCUGGAAAAUAAUGCUACUGUUGCUAUUAUGUGUAGAAAAUAAUAAAGACAGGAUAUGCAUAUAUGAAAAUGCCAAUUAAAAUGUAUUAAACUGUUGGCUUUGGGUCUUUGUCCAAGUUAACUGGCGACUUAGCAUGCGAUUUUGAAAUAAAUGUCUCAGCACUAAGCGAUGUCAUUGCACACCCAUUAAUGGCACAUGGAAAUGGAAGAGAAUGCAAGCUGUUUAAAAUGAAUAUGUUUCCAAAGACACUGUUAAAGGGACUGUAAAAAAUAAAAAUAAUAAAAAAUAAUAACAAAUAAAAGACUUCUGUUAGUAACGAGCCAGCUGAUAGAUAAUAUGGACUGGUGGACAGCACUGAGUUGCUUGAAAUAAAGAGAAAACUGAUCUUAUGUCAGAUUCAAAUAAAAUGUCUGAUUCAUGGAUUUCUUGUAAAAUAUACUGUCAAAUGAAAUGUAUUUUUAAAUAAUAAUC